AACAUGAACUGAUGAACGAUGAUCUGGUUUAUAUGUAGAGCCAUAGACGUUACCAUGGCUCAUUUUUUUUUCUCUUGCUUCGAUUAAAAUUUUUGUCUCAACAUCUCUGCAGGAAAAUGUCUUCCAAUUACUACUCCGCUACAGACCCCUUCAGCAAAUUCCAGACGAUGGAAGACCAGUUCGGCAGUACAUUUUCAUGGAUGGUAGCAGCUUCUAUAAUUUCUGUAGUGGUUGGUACAGCGGCAAUUGUUGCGAUAGUGUUUGCAAUUAUCAAUUGCUUGAACAAAGUUGGAAGCGCGAUACCCACGUAUGCCCAGGUGGCAACCAGCGAAAGCUCUGUAACUUCAGCACAGUAUGCUAGCAAAUUAUCCGCGGAUACAAGCACCCAUAACAUCGAAGUGACUGUGCCACCAGCUUUCCCUGUGAUAACAAAUUCGCAGAUGAGGACAGUGACUAUCGAAAAGUUUCUGAGUGAUAUUGCCAGGGAGAGGCCUAUCCGGUUUUCGCCUGAGCAAGUGGCAGGAUUCACGAACAACUACUCCACCGUAUUGGGUUCUGGUGGUUUUGGAGUAGUCUACAUUGGAGAGUUUCCAAAUGGAGUUAAAGUGGCUGUAAAAGUGCUCAACAGAAUUUCUGACAAGAGAGUGGAAGAGCAGUUCAUGGCUGAAGUAAGCACAAUUGGAAGAACAAACCAUGUCAAUCUGGUUAGAUUGUAUGGGUUCUGCUUCGACGACACCCUGAGAGCUUUAAUCUAUGAAUAUUUGGAGAAUGGGUCCCUCGACAUGUUCUUGUUUGGCGGGGAACAUGCAGUCGAAUGGGAGAAGCUGCAAGAGAUUGCAAUUGGGACGGCCAAGGGAAUUGCGUAUUUGCAUGAAGAGUGCCAGCAAAGGAUAAUUCACUAUGAUAUAAAGCCUGGGAAUAUCCUUCUUGAUCCAGACUUAACUCCCAAGGUUGCAGAUUUCGGAUUGGCCAAGCUUUGUAACAGAGAUAAGACCCAUGUAACCAUGACUGGGUUGAGGGGAACACCAGGGUAUGCUGCUCCAGAGCUGUGGAAGCCAUACCCAGUGACCCAUAAGUGUGAUGUUUAUAGCUUUGGAAUGCUUCUAUUUGAGAUCAUGGGUAGAAGAAGAAACCAUGACCCUGAUCUAAGCGAGACUCGGCAAUGGCUCCCAAGAUGGACUUGGGAAAUGUUUAACAAAGGAGAGUUGGCAGACCUGAUGGCAAUUUGUGAGAUUGCAGAGGAAGACAGAGUCAAGGCAGAGAGGAUGUCUAUGGUGGCACUGUGGUGUGUUCAGAGCUCCCCUGAAGCCAGGCCUCUUAUGAGCACUGUGGUGAAGAUGCUGGAGGGAGGAAUCGAAAUUGUCCCACCACCAAAUCCAUUUCAAUAUCUGGAGUCAUCAUCUCCAGAUUUAGCAGCUUUUGGGGGAUCUACCACAGGUUCAGACUCCUCAUCAACAGUACAAUCCUCUCAACCAUGUUAUUCCACUGCACGGAAGACAACUUUUGAGAUAGAGAUUGCUAAUAGUUCAUAGAAGCAAAGGAAAUGGAUUGGUUAAUGUUUCAGAUCAUGUGUUUAUGAUGCAUUUUCUUAAUAUUCAAUUUAAUUGCUGAUCA